AUGGCCUCGACUCUCCCAGGAGGUCUCCCCUCGAACUUCAUCCUCACGCCUCAGCAGCAGGCACUGUUGUUCCGCGCACUCACCUCCAACCAACCCAACAAUGCCUCUCCUCAGAACAAUGGAUUGUCCCUGUCGCCGGCUGCCUUGACCAAGUCGCCGGCGCAGAAUGGCCCAGCCAUCAGCAAUUUCAAUGGCGAACAGGAAAGUCCGCUGUUUGAUUACGACUACAAUCUUGACGGAGACACAAGUUAUGACUUCGACUUUGGCACGGACAACGCAGGCAAGAUGAUUGGUGAUCUUCCAGGUACGACGCCGGCGCAGCCUUCUGGAUCGUCCCAGAGCAGCUCCAAGGCCAGCUCUCCUGAGAAUGAGAACGGAGACAAGAGAAGCCAUCCAGAUGAGGACGAUGAUGAGCGAGAGGAAGGGAGCGCCAAGAGACGUGAGAGUGAAGGCAAGGUGCCCAAGAAGCCUGGCCGUAAGCCACUUACCAAUGAGCCAAGUUCGAAGCGCAAGGCACAAAACCGUGCUGCUCAGCGUGCUUUUCGAGAGCGCAAGGAGCAGCACCUGAAGGACCUCGAGACCAAGGUUGCAGAGCUCGAGAAGGCUUCCGAGACUACCAACAACGAAAACAGUCAGCUCCGUGCUCAAGUUGAGAAAAUGACUACGGAGUUGAAUGAGUAUAAGAAGAAACUGAGUCUUGCCAACAGUGGUGCUCGUUCUUACUCAGGUUCCAAGGCCCCUCCGUUUGGUUCUGGAAUGAUGAGCAACCUCAACGAUGUCAACUUCCAGUUCGAGUUUCCCAAGUUUGGCGUGCUCCCUGGCCCUCAGGCAACCAACGGACGCUCGCCCUCAUUUCCCUCUCCGAGCAGUCUGGGCAGUCAGCCCACGCCAUCCGACAAGAACGACACGGCCACUCCUGGAUCUACUAAGAGCCGGGAGAACUCUCAGAGCCAGAGUGACAAGGACGCACUCUCCAAGUUCUCCUCCAUCAUCAACACAUCGCCCUACGAUGCUCUCCUCGGCAAUGCUUCGAGGUCGAGUCUGGACUCCGGAAAUUUUAGCAUCGCGGGCACGAACUCUGGUUCUCCAUCAGCCUCAUCCAACUCCAACGCUGGCCCAAGCUCUUCUUGUGGAACAUCCCCUGAGCCCUUCACACAGUCGCCUCUGGGCUUCAAGCCUGUGGACACAUUGACGACCAUUGGCGAGGAGCAACCCGCUUUUACGGCCAACUCCCAUCAGUUCAGCUUUGGCAACCUUGACAUGAACAACCUAGACUGGCUUGCACAACAGAAUGGCGGUCAGUUUGAUCCACAGCUUUUCGGUGAUUACCGUGAGCCACAGGACAACAUUCUCGCAAACCCGGCCUUUGAUGAUAGCUUCUUCAACGAGGCAUUUGAUGCCGACUUUACGACGCCGUUCAAUAUGGCGCCGACUCCUAACCCGCCGAAGAAAGACAUCUGCGCCGAAAUUGAUGCGGCGAAGGAGCAGGAAGACACCAUUGUCACAAGCGUCAAUGGCAAGUUGCUCACCUGUAACAACAUAUGGGAACGCUUGCAAACCUGCCCCAAGGUACAAGCUGGCGACAUUGACCUCGACGGCCUGUGCUCUGACCUGCAGAAGAAGGCCAAAUGUGGUGGAACUGGUGCUGUCGUUGAUGAGAAGGAUUUCAAGGCGGUCAUGAGCAAGCAUCUUGGACCUUGCCCUGAUGGGAAUGACGCUUGA